GAAGCAGUCGUACUUGUACACUCCUUGUCUCCUUCGCUUUGGCACACUGGACACGUCCACCACGUGAACACGUCAACAGAAGUGACCCAUCAAGGGGCCCACAGGUCCACGAGCCCGAGUGACGACUGACGACAGAUCGCUUGUGCGUCGCUAACCCGCCGCUAGUCGGCUAGUGGGUGGGAAAUCCGCAGAUUCCCGUCGCUACUUCGGCCACAUGGCUGCAGCGGCGGCGUGGACCGGCGCCGCAUCCCCCAACUCGCUGCUGCUCUCGCGCUCGCCUCCCCACGCCGCCGCGCUCGCGCCUUCGCCGGGAAGCUCCAUGCGGAGGCGGCUCCUCCUCGGCGUCGGCACCCCGGCCGUGGCGGCGCUGGCGGCCGCGGCGCCGCCAGCGGUGCUGCAGGACGGAGCGGUCACUGUGCUCAUCACCGCCGGCGCCUACUCUCUUGUGCGCGUCUUCGACGAGCUCACCGAGCGGCGGCUCAUCGAAAAGAGCUUGAGCAGGAAGGUUGUGCACGUGCUAUCCGGCGUCCUGUUCAUGUCAUCUUGGCCCCUGUUCAGCAAUUCGACAGAAGCACGGUAUUUCGCCGCGGUUGUCCCGUUCCUGAACUCCAUGAGGCUUCUGAUAUAUGGACUCCGUCUCUACACUGAUGAAGCUCUGGUAAAAUCAGUGACACGUGAAGGAAAACCAGAGGAAUUGCUGAGAGGUCCACUCUAUUAUGUCCUGGUGCUGCUGUUCAGCGUUUUAGUCUUCUGGCGUGAGUCCCCCAUCGGGAUCGUCUCCUUGUCGAUGAUGAGCGGUGGCGAUGGUUUUGCUGACAUUGUUGGGAGGAGGUAUGGCUCAGCGAAGCUGCCAUUCAAUCGGAAGAAGAGCUGGGCCGGGAGCAUCUCGAUGUUCAUUUCUGGUUUCCUGCUGUCCGCGAUGAUGAUGCUCUACUUCUCAAGCCUGGGUUACAUUGAUGUUAUCUGGGAAGAGGCACUUGGUAAGCUGGCGCUUGUUGCACUAGCAGCGACAGUAGUGGAGUGCGUUCCUGUGACCGAAGUUGUAGAUGACAACAUAUCUGUUCCUUUGGCCACCAUGCUGGUAGCUUUUCUCUUGUUUAGCUCCAACCGCACAAUAGUUAAUUAAAAUACUACUAGUGCAUUAUUUAAGACAUGUGAUGAGUUCUUCAGUGAUGAGUUGUGCUUGCUUUUGCUUCCU